AUGGCUCCACAUCAUGACGAGGAGCGGACGUCUUUGCUCGCUUCGCAACCCAACCGCAGCAGCGGUAGCAUACGAGCGUCCCAGCAGCAAAACGACCAAGACGACUUCGACUUUGAUGCCAGGUUUCGCAAGUGGAAAGCUGCCGUCGCUCGCAAGUUUCGCGGAAAAGCACAGCGUCAAGCCAAGCCUUCCCUCUUGAUCACCCAUUUCGACGGACUAGGUCGUUCCCAGUCUCUUCUCAAUGCCAAGCGUGCUUCCGCUCUUCACCAGCAACAACAUGAAGUCACCUCGAUGACCUCGGCAGAAUUCAGGCAACAGGUCGAGCAGGUCAAGCACGCAAUCAGCAAGGGCGUCUAUCCAAAGAUGAUCACCACCGGCUCGAGCGGCUCCUACUUUGUCCGCAUCAUCGCAGACCCUUCCUCAUCUCAUACAUCCCACUCCAACUCAACACCAUUACCACCACCACCACUAUCACAGGCUCCUCUCACCACAGUCGCUGUCUUCAAACCCAAGGACGAAGAGCCAUAUGGCAACUUGAACCCAAAGCGUCAAUUCGCACGCAAGUAUCUAUGGUGGGCCAUGGGUCGACCUUGUCUCAUCCCCAACUUCUCCUAUCUCUCAGAAGUCGGCGCAUCCUACCUCGACUCGCGGCUUGCGCUUCAGAUGGUCCCCCGAACGGAACUUGUCAACCUCUCCUCGCCAACCUUUCACUAUGCAUUCAAUGACCGCAUGGCUCACGAGAAGGACCGCGUUCCGCUUCCAGAUAAGAUCGGAAGCUAUCAAACCUUCUUGAAAGGCUACAUCAACGCAUCUGACUUCUUACGAAAGCAUCCCUGGCCUUCACGUACACGCAGCAAGACUUUGCUCAUGCGCGAUAUGGAAGAUGAGAGCCGGGCCCACAAGGUCAGUCGAAAGAAGGAACCUGCUCGUCUUCGCAACUGUGGAGUUGCCAUAAAGCGAGCGUUACUUUGUCGUCCAUCAUGGGAGGAUCUUUAUGCCGACGGGGCUCCUGUCCGUAGCGAUAUUGAGAACGGCAGACAGGCCUCAACAUCGUCUCCUGAACCAGAUGGCUUCCACUGGACACCCAAACGAAUGCAGCGGUUCCGUCUGCAGCUCGAGCGACUCGUAGUCCUCGACUUUCUCAUGCGCAAUACCGACCGUGGCCUCGAUAACUUCAUGAUCAAGCACGAUGCUGACAAGGACGAGAUCAAGAUCGGUGCCAUCGACAACUCACUCUCUUUCCCUAUCAAGCAUCCUAACGAGAUUCGUCAAUAUCCGUUUGGGUGGCUCUUUUUGCCCAGUGAUCUCAUCGGAUUGCCAUUCUCAGACGAAACCCGCGAGCAAGUCUUGCCGAUUCUGAACGAUCCAGUAUGGUGGCAGCAUACAGUGCAAGGCCUUCGAAGGAUCUUCGAACAGGACCCAUACUUUGACGAGGCCAAAUUCGAAAGGCAGAUGAGUGUCAUGCGAGGUCAGGGUUGGAAUCUGGUUCAGAGCCUGCGAGCGCCGGAUGAGGGACCUCUAGAUCUUUGCGCACGAGGAAAGAAGCUUAUUCGACAAGAGGUCCAGGAGCUUUCGCCGGAGAAGCUUGAGAAGCUUGAAGGGGUCAAGGUGGCCUUAGAUUCAGAUGGGCAGGCGAUCUCGCCUCCGGAAAUGGUGGAAACGCAAGGAUCGGAAGCUGGCAAACCACCUAUUACCCGUACCAUCUCGUCAGGUGUGCUGGAAACAGAAAGGAGGCCGAUCGGGAUGCGAGCUUCUGAGUCGUACAGAAAGGCGCUUUUGCAGGCAGCCAGUACGGAGGCGAUAUCCAACGAUGAAGCGGAUGCAGAGGCGGGUGACGAGCUGGUACCUGACGUAGCCUCGGCGGCGAUUGACCGCCGAGUUUCUAGCUCGCUACCACACACCUCUAUUCUGAAAGACAAGAUGCGUGACGAUGUGGUAUCUUCAGUAGCUGCUCAACCAGAGCCAACCAAUUCGAAAAUGUUAUCACGAGGCCGCCAUCACCGUAUUGCCUCAGCACACGACGUUAGCACCUAUUCUCGUCAUCCUCAACGCGGUGCAUUCACCAGCAACAACUUCAAAGGCGCAGAUGGACACGACAGCAUCCUCGGCAGGACAGGCAUUGAAAUCCUCGAAGGACUAGAUAAAGAACGUCGACGACAAAACAAGGUUAACUUUUUCCGACCUCGACAACGAUCCAGCACCGUCUCCACCGAUCGCACCGAAGACGGCAAAGCAAUACACAGGUCAAGACAAGCCUCUGAAGACGCGGGUCGAAGCCGCAUAGCUAGACGAGCAGCAGGUGGUGAAAGGAGCUAUGAUCUCUCGAGCUCGAUCGUUUCAGACCCUGGGUUUGCUUCUUCACGAUGGCCUCGAUCGAAGUCGGUUUCGCGGCAAGGUGAGGGGAUAAUUGGAUCGCUUUAUGACCUGCUUAGUCAAGGAGAAGUGUUGUCGGAGGAAGAAGAGCAAGAGCAAGAUCAAAGUGUGGGUCAGGGUAUGAGUCGGAGAGAUAUACCCACUAUUCAAGCGGUGCUAGAACAAGGCGAUUCAGAAGAUAGGACUCAGAAAAACGAGGGAGAAGGAGCGGAAGGAUCAAGACCAAUCGCUUUCACACCACAUACUCCACAUCCUCAAGCAAUCACCAAAACCGACAGCGAUGACACAGACUCAAAGAGAACGAUCAAAGUGAUUGUAGAAAAAAUCUCUUCAGAUACAAAACAAGCUUGGUUGAAGUGGAUCUAA